GUUUCAUCAAAUUUUUUCUAACGAAGUUUCUUAAUGAGAAAGAAGAUUUAUAAAAACCUUGAUCUUUUGAUAAUAACUUCUAACCUCACUUACUUUUUUAAAAAUAUUCAAGUCAUGAUAGUUUUAUGUAAAUUUUAGAAUAUAAAUUAUGAUAAAUUACGUGGCAUUUGUUCAGUUUUUAGUGUGUCUACAUAAUAUUACUGAGUAUAUAAAAAAAGUGAAAUGUAAUUAAUAAAUUAUCAAAAAACAUAUUUUCAAGGUCAAUAUUGUUGCUAAUAAAAAAAAAAUAGAUUUAAUCUAUAUUAAAUACAUAUUUUAAAAUGUUUAGAAAAAUUUCAGUAAAUUUUCUUAGAGAUGCUCCCAAUGCAACUUUGAGGUUUUUUAGUUUGCACCAACUGCCCGAAACUCAUACAAUACUCCAAAAAACAUGCAGGGAUUUUGCGGAAAAAGAACUCAAGCCCAUAGCUGCAGCAUUGGACAGAGAACAUAAAUUUCCCGAAAAACAAAUUAACAAAUUGGGUGAACUGGGUAUAAUGGGUAUUAAUGUUUCUAAAGACUACGGAGGUGCAGGAUACGACGGCCUUAGUGUGGCUGUAGCAGUCGAAGAGAUAUCAAAAGGAUGUGCUGGUACUGGAGCAAUAGUAUCAAUACAUAAUUGCUUAUAUGCCAGUCUUGUAGAUAGAUUAGGAACUCCUGAUCAAAAAGAAAUAUUUUUAAAGCCUUUCACAAAAGGAACUUUAGGUUGUUUUGCUCUUAGUGAACCUGACGCAGGAAGUGAUGUGGGAUCUAUGACUAGUACUGCAAUGAAACGUGGGGAUAGAUAUAUUUUAAAUGGAACAAAAUCGUGGGUGACAAGUGGACUGCAAGGAAAAGCUGCUGUAAUUUUUGCUACCAUUGAUAGGAAUCUGAAACAUAAAGGCAUUACAGCCUUUUUGGUACCCCUGUCGUCUCCUGGUAUUACAUUGGGUAAAAAAGAAGAUAAGUUGGGUAUAAGAGCCUCAUCAACGUGCAAUAUAUUUUUGCAAGACGUUGAGGUGCCAGAAGAAAAUAUACUGGGUCCUAAAGGCGAGGGAUUUAAAAUUGCUAUGGAACAACUUGAUAAAGGUCGCGUGGGUAUAGCAGCUCAAGCUAUUGGAAUCGGACAAGCAGCUUUGGACAUGGCUGCUAGUUAUUCACUACAAAGGAAAGCUUUUGGGAAAACUAUCAGCGAAUUAGACGCUGUUAAGAUGCAAUUAGGGAAAAUGGCUCUUCGAUUGGAAUCUGCAAGAUUACUUGUAUGGAGAGCGGCAGUGUUAUGUGAUAAUCCUAAUAGGACAACUAAAGAAACCUCCAUGGCCAAAUUAGCUGCUAGUCAAGCUGCAACUUAUGUAACACAUGGGGCACUUCAAAUAUUAGGUGGUAUGGGGUACGUCAGUGACAUGCCAGCCGAGAGGCAUUACAGGGAUGCAAGAAUAACAGAAAUAUACGGAGGAGCUAGUGAUAUACAUAUGAGUUUGAUAGGUAGUGCAAUUUUAAAGGAAAGUAGUGACUAAGAGUAAAUUUUAAUUUAAGUGAAUAAAUUGAAUUAUUUUGUUAUCUUUCAUUACUAAUUUCUUCCAUUUUCUAAUUUAUCUCCUUCUCUUUACCUUUGCAGGUAUCAGAAGUGGGUUUUGUACCCGUUUCUUCCAGUAUUUCUUCUUCUUUUCGUUUCUUUUGAUAUAUACAUGUUUUUUUGCUCUCCCUAUUCGUUUGUUAAUAUUUCUAGUAAGCAUUAUUUUUCUUAUUUAUAUGCCUGUCUUCAUUCUUUCCAUGUUUUUUAAAAAAUCUGUUGUUUCUUUCUUUCCCUCGUCCCACUUUAGAUUAGAUGAGCUAGAGCGUGAAUCUACCACGCUAACCCUUUGACUUAGUGAUAUAUUUGAAAUGGUUGUUGAAUCACAAGGUCGUUAAAAACUAAUAAGGUUAAUUGUAAUCCACGAUUAAUCAAAAACGUGUAAUUCGAGUCGAUUAACAAACACGUACCGCUAUAAACCACACUCUAAUAACUGAAGCAUAUAAUCCUGGCUGAUAAUUAACCGAUUUAGCAAAGUGAGCUAACAAAGGACGUGUUCUUGUUUUGGUUCCUUAGAGAAGCGACAAAAGCUGAGUUUCUUUGGUUUUUUUAAGUUGGUAGUUAAUCGGACAGUGCCCAGUAAGCAUACCGGUGACUCUCCUUAGCACAUAUUUGUUCAUUGGAAGGACUUGUUGAGACCAGGGGGCAGGAUAAUAUUUUGUUAUAUACCGGCCAACUUUUGUAAUUCUGCAAUCGCAAAUUUCAAUUAAGGGAAAAGUUGUAAAAGAAAUUUCCAGUUUUAUUUUUCAUAGACUGACACAUUUAUUUGAAAAAUCGAUUGAAUACAAGCCUUCCACAAUAUGUUCUGAUCAAUUCGUUUGUUAUUGGUCUAGGGUAAAAGAUACUCGCACCGAUUUUUGUAGCUUUACUCUGACUGGGCAUAAUUUGUAAGCGGCGUGGUGUGGUCCUUUGCAAUUACAACAGAUGGCGCUACUUUUUGGCCGAUUACAAUUUUCUACUUGAUGUUCUUCACCACAUCGUACACAUCUGAUAUUUUGUUUACAUGUAUUCGCGGUGUGCCAGAAACCUUGACACCUAAAAAAAAAUAAGCAAAUAUUUCCGAAAAGCACAUUUCGCCUUCUAGUACUUACUUGUAACAUUGAAUAAUAUUGUCGUUGUUAUAAUGUAUUUCUUCGUUAAUACCGGCGUCGUCUGAAGCUUGGAACACAACCGAAUCGUAGAAAUUAAUCCCUUCUUCCUUUAACCUUUGAUAAUUAGGAAAAUCUAAUACUUCAACGUACAAUGUGGAUUUUUCUCUGGUUAAUUUGGCAUAAUUGACACCUUGUUUUCUCAGACAAUUUUCUAUUUCUUCUAGACAAAUACACCAAGGUAUUUCUUUGAAACUUACUAUCUUCUUGUAAUGACCCGAAAAUAAUGGGACAGCCUGUAUGGAACAUUAAAUUUAUUAGACAAUAAAAGGUGUUAUUGCAUGCCGGAUAACAUCCUACUCAAAAGAAAACUACUACUGCUACUAAAAAUAAUCCCAAUUUUGAAUUUGGAACUUGAAUGUAUUUUAUUUUGAUUUAAACUAUUAUACUAAUACCAAAAUUACCAAUGGAAAACUAGAGAGACAAAACAGUGUAAUUGUCAAUGUGGUGGUAUCUUUUAAUUGGCUCGAAUUACACGUUUUUGAUAAAUAGUGGCUUACAAUUAACCUUAAGUGAUUAUUUUAUUGAAUUUAAAUACUGUCUCAAACGAUUUUCAAUAAAUAGUCACCUUUAAUGAUAGUUUUCUCAAUAAUGUUGGUUUUUACAAAACUUAGUUCAUAAAUUAUGUGAAAAAAAUUGAUUUUAAAAAAUUUAUAAACUUGCAACUCUGGAAGAAAUUUAUUCUGACCACAUUCCUAAAAUCUUGUUACUAAUUUCCUGAACAUUCUGUAUAAAGUACCUCUAAAUUGUAUGGUCAAGUGAAUUAGUGAUUUUAACAAAUAAAAACGACAAAAAUUAUCGAAAAAAA